AUGGUUAAUUUGCAAUUACAAGGCGACAGAUUAAAUUUGAUUGAAAAAAAGUCCAUCUUAUCAGCGUUUCUUGCCAGCGUUAAACUAAAGAAGCAAAAUAUUGGACGAGGCAAUUUUUCUCAGUUCCCCAAUUUGUCACAGACAAGCUGCCAGGAAGACGACGUUUCAACUUACGUUCAACAUUUAAAUGCCCUCUAUUCAGAUUUUGAAUCUAGGUUUGAGGAUAUUUUGACUAUGGUAAUACCACCGUGGAUAAUUAAUCCAUAUAGUGACAUAGAAGAAACGAAUGUCAUAAUACAAGAGGAACUGACUGAACUAAGUACAAACGAAGAACUUAAGGUUCAGUUUAAAAACGGAUAUCAGCAAUUCUGGCUGCAAGACAACAUACCCAUAAACAUUUGCCCCGUACCCGAGAGCCCUGCCGUACCGGACCGUCGACCGAGCGGUCAUCUGAUCUCAGCUUGCGCGCCCGGACGCUCUUCGCCGGGCGUCGCGGCGCCUCCCUCCAAGCCGGACGACGCCGCGGCGACUGACGGUGGUCGGCAGUCACAUCCGCCUACUAGAACCAGUGUACCACCGACGACUAUGAACAGCUAUAAGGACGUCCGUUUCGCAGACUGCUGA